UGCAUGGCGAAUUAUGUUGCCUAAACGUCCUUAUUUGUGUUUGAAGGGGACAUACAUUUUAGAAAAUUAAAACAGACAUGUCAGUCACACCCUGUUACAGCUGCAUAUACUUCCACGGCAGAAAAAAAGGUUUCUGGCGGCCCGGAGCUCUUGCGAAAUCCAUGCAUGACACAUCCGUAUGAUGAAAGACCGGGUAGAGAAUACCUGAACGAUGCCUGUGAUGUGUGCAUAGGUCUAUGCGUGCCCUUGAGCCGUGGGUUGAUAUGCGGGGCAAACUGUUAGUCUACAGCUGGACGACCUGAUAGUUUUACACCGUUAGCUGUGAAGGUUUUAUGCGUUUGCAUACCAUCGCUACAUAGCUUUUCUCUGUGCGCAUUAUAUGAUGUAACAACGUAAUAAAGUACAACAGGUAACCCUAAAUCCAGUACCAACCUGAAAACUUAUUCAAAAAUUGCUGAGAUUAAAUAUUAAAAUUACAUGUUUGCUGUCUAUAUAUUAUAUAAACUUCACACCCAGGUGUACAAACGCAAUCAAUGCGUUUGCACUAUAAUUUUCACGAGUCCUAGAUUAAUUGUUAUUAAGCAGUUAUCAAACAAACGAUAGGCUACGUCUUUACAAGGUUCGUGAUUUUUGGAGAAAAAACAUAUUGUCUUCGGACUUUGGGAGUCGUCCAGUUGUUUGGUAAAUAGAAGAUAAAAAAGAUUCCGUAACAGCUAGUCGUCCUCACAUUAAUAGUCUGGCUUUAGAGGUUUGCGCAACCAUUCGCUCACGCACGGUGCAGAUCUCGCUUUCUGCCUCUCUGUCUCUGUUUGGGAUCACGGAGGGAGGACUGAGAGAUGGGGGCAGGCUUUGGCCUUAGCUAAAAUAACUGAUUGGCUGCUAGCUGAGAUAGGGAUAAAAAUGAAUAGUGAUGCUGAGGCAGAGCGAACAGCGCAGCACAAGCCUCGUUGGCUGCUCUUGAGUUGUUGAGGGUUGCCUGCGUGCAACUGUUCCAGUCUCUCCCUACGCGGUGCAGUAGCUGGGAGCCUGCAUCAGCACCACUGCAAAUUCUCCCUUCACCCAAAGAGAGCUGAACUGACAGCCAAAAUGACUAGUAUUUCCUUAGUGAACAGAAGUCUAUGGAGUCGUGGCACCGAAGACAACGCGGUUCUUUAAUAGCACUGUGCGGCGCCAAGACGGAGAUAACUAGGUCUUCAAACCCCUUUGGGCACGAGACACGGCCCCUGAUGAUCUGCAUCUGCCGCUGGAGCUCAUUGCUUAAUUCUCCGAGAAUGGGAGCGCGAGCCAGUUUCUCGGCGUUGGAUACGAAAUGAUCGCAUGCCAUCACCCCACUGUCUCUCACGUCUACCUGUGCGUUCACCUCAUCUCUCACGUUUGAGAAUCUAAUGAAUUCCCUUCGCCAUCCAGCAUGUCUUCACGGAAGAUUUCAUCGGAAUCGUUCAGUUCCCUGGGCUCAGACUACCCAGAGAGCCCCGACGACGGAGAGUGUCCCUUCUCACGGGUGUUUUGGAACGGCAAAAGCCCGGUGGAGACGCUGUCCUGUCCGUUCGAGGACGCGGCCAUAAAGCGGACUACAAGGCGAAAGCGCGUGAAUCUGGAUUCGCUGGGCGAAAGCUUGCGGCGGCUCACAUCACCAACGACUCCAACAAUCCAGCUGGCCCUGCAGAGAACAGUGGAGUUCUACAGACAUAGUGAAAGCAGGCGCAAAGAGGAUGGGACAGAGGAGAAGAGAGUGUUUGAUAAAUGCCCCUAUGUGGAUAACGCUGGCUCCGAAGAAGAGGCAGACAUCUCAGGAAUUCUACAGUACAUGUCAACACUGCUGGGUGUGGCUUUCCCAGAGCUGCGGGAGCGCUUCGGCGAGGAGUUCUUCGGCCUGUGCUUCGAGGAGAACGAGCGGGUUCUGCGGGCCGUCGGGGGGAACCUGCAGGACUUCUUCAACGGCUUUGACGCGCUGCUGGAGCACAUCAGAACGUCGUGCGGGCGCCGCGCCUCAGCCGAGGCCCCCUCCUACCUAUGCAAAGAGGUGCCCCCUCACCAGGAAGGCAAGGCAGGGGCUGGAGGAAAGGAGGAGCAGGAGGAGGAGAAGGAGGAGGAGGAGGAGGAGAGAGGAGGGACGCUGUUAUUGCACUGUUUCAACCCGGCAGCAACCGUCGGCGUGGCCAUGCCCGGGUUGAUCCGCGCCGCCGCCCGACGCAUCUACCACACGGAGGUGACGGUCGAGGAGGCUCCGCCGGCUUGGCUUGUCGACACGGACGACAACGACGAGGACUGUGACCGUGACGACCGCGACGGGGAGCAUGCUGGCAGCGGUGGGAGCGGUGGCAAAGGCGGAGGCGGAGACGACUCCUCCACCUCGCCCGCCCCUUCCCCUUCCUCCUCUCCCUCUCCACCUUCCUCUUCCGCCCCCAAUUGCCUCUCCUUUCUGAUUCGCCAGCAUCGGCCUCCGCUCGCCGUUUCCUCCCCCCGCUCCUCCCCCAGCUCCUGCUCCCCCUCCAGGCCCCUGCCACUCAAGCUGUCCUGCUCGCCACCGGACCUGCCAAUCAGCCUCAGCACCUUCUGCAGGGCCUUCCCCUUCCACCUGGUGAUGGGGCCCCACAUGGAGGUGCUCCAGCAGGGCGAGGGGCUGCGCAAGCAGGUCAAGUGUGAGCCUCACCGGACCGCCAAUUUCCGCGACCACUUUGAGAUCGUCUCCCCCAGGAUCCCCUGUACCUUCCAGAGCAUCCUGCUGCGGCUGGCCACCCCCUUCACGAUCCGCACGCGGCCCGAGAGCGGGGGACUGGAUGGCAGGGAGAAGGUGAUGGAGAUCAAGGGCCAGAUGAUCCACGUGCCGGAGUCGCGCUCGCUCAUGUUCUUGGGCUCACCGCGCGUGGACAAGCUGGAGGAGCUGAUGGGCCGCGGCCUCUACCUGUCCGACAUCCCCAUCCACGACGCCACGCGCGACGUCAUCCUGGUGGGCGAGCAGGCGCGGGCGCAGGACGGCCUGAAGAAGCGCAUGGACAAGCUGAAGGCCACGCUGGAGCGCACGCACCAGGCCCUGGAGGAGGAGAAGCGGCGCACCGUGGACCUGCUCUACUCCAUCUUCCCCGGCGACGUGGCGCAGCGCCUGUGGCAGGGCCUGCCCGUCGGCGCCAAGAAGUUCGACGACGUCACCAUGCUCUUCUCGGACAUCGUGGGCUUCACGGCCGUGUGUGCGCAGUGCACGCCCAUGCAGGUCAUCAGCAUGCUCAACGAGCUGUACACGCGCUUCGACUACCAGUGCGGGAUACUCGAUGUGUACAAGAUUGAGACGAUAGGCGACGCCUACUGCGUGGCGGGUGGUCUCCACCGCAAGAGUGACAGCCAUGCUCGGCCAAUCGCACUCAUGGCUCUGAAGAUGAUGGAGCUGUCGGAAGAGGUGCUGACACCAGACGGCAAAUCCAUUAAGCUCCGGAUUGGGAUCCACACGGGCUCUGUGCUGGCGGGGGUGGUGGGGGUGCAGAUGCCCCGAUACUGUCUGUUCGGGAACAACGUGACGCUGGCCAGCAAGUUUGAGUCGGGGAGCCACCCGCGCUGCAUCAACGUCAGCCCCACCACAUACCAGCUCCUGCGAGACGACCGCUCCUUCACCUUCGUCCCUCGCUCACGGCAGGACCUCCCCGACAACUUUCCCAAAGAGAUCCCGGGCCACUGCUACUUCCUGGAGGCGGGCAAAUCUCAGAGCCACUCCUCCCUGACCAGCUCGCGUUCGGCCCCUCCCGCCCCCAUCCGCAGAGUCUCCUACAACAUCGGCACCAUGUUCCUCAGAGAGACUAGCCUAUGAGGAGACAGCUCUGCACUCAGAUGGCCCGCCCCUCUCUCACCCGCUGCACGGACUGGUGUUGCCAGCGGGAGCUUCCUGCUUCCUGCACAAGGCCCCGCCCCCAAGUGGCUACGGCUCACGGGAGCCUAUGAAGGUCAAAAAGAGGAAUAGAGGGGGAAAAAAGAAGCAGCAGAAGCAAAGUUUAAUUAUGACUAGAUAGAGGCAUAGAGACUUUAUAAAUACAAACAGUUAAAAAUAAACACAAAAUGAAAGCCUUUCUACUUACAGGACACAGCCAGCGGCAUCCACACAGACAUGCUUUUGCACAGGCAAACAUAAACACACACAUAAUGACAAACCCAAGGACAGACAGACUCACACACACACACACACACACACACACACACACACACACACACACACACACACACAACACACACACACACACACACACACACACACACACACACACACACACACACACACACACACACACACACACACACACACACAGAUGCACCCACAUACACAUGCUCACAGUGCUCUCAGCAUUGCAGGUACUAGAUUAUUCAUUCACAGAACUUGGUGCCUUCUUAUAAAUGCACAGCGGCAAAGAGCAGGGCAAGAGUCUCCCUCUUACACAUCACCCCCGCUGCCCCCGCUCCUACAUGUUUUCUGUGCCCCUCAUUGGCCACUGCAGUGACCUCUGACCCCACCAAGGAGGUAGAGCUUAAUGCGGGUGGGGUUGCUGAAGAGAGGCACUACAAAAUCAACUACUGUUGCAUUUCUGUACUUGUGAGUGUGGGUGUAUAAGACGUGUGUGUGUGUCAGGGUGUGUGACAAGCCCGCAGUGCUUUCAUGCUAGAGCCCUGACGUGAGGAGUGUGUGUGUGUGUGUGUGUGUGUGUGUGUGUGUGUGUGUCAAUGUGCUGUGCACGCAUAAAUGAUGUCAGUUCCUGUUUCUUUCUCUACUUUCUCUCCUCCCCCACAGCAGUCCUUGACCUGUCAAUCAUCUAUGACAAUGCCAAUAAAGAGUCAGCGGUACACAGGUUGUGCUUUGUGGGUUUAUUGUCCAAAUCUCUACAAGCUUCCUUGUCAGGAUCAGUCCAUCUGAAAUUCAGAGUAGUCUGUAGGCUCUAUUUGGUUAUAGCUGAAAGUCAGAGUGCAGAUUGCUCAGAAGCAAUGUUGAGUAUUUUUAACAUGGAUGUUGGGAUAUAGAGAGGUCAGUGGUGGAGGUCAGUCCUGGGAAAGCAUUUUGGAGCACUUGACCUUUUCAAAGAAAUCAUUUUACAUUGCAUUGUAGCAUUAGCAUUCAAAAAUGACAAAUGUUAAAUUCUCUCUCUCUCUCUCUCUGUCUGUCUGUCUGUCUUGCUCGCUCGCUCGCUGUCUUCACAUCCACAUGCUCAUGUUCUUAAUCUUUUCCUCCUCCUUUCUUCCUUUUUCUUUUCUUUCUCCUGUUCUUACCUGACUCCUACAGGAAGGAGUAAGCUGGGGCUUUCCCUAAGGAGAUCCUGUUAAAUCCCCAAAGGAAUAGUGUAUAAUCCCACAGAGGAACAUGUGUGAUCUCAGACAGUUAAAGUGAGAUCAGUGUUGGACACACACACACACACACACAGACACAGACACAGACACAGACACACAGACACACAGACACACAGACACACAGACACACAGACACACACACACACACACACACACAGACACAAAGUGAUUACAUUGUCUCUGCAUUGACGUACAUUUCAGGGUCUAUUAAACUCUCUCUUACUGACACAGAAAACACCCGAUGAUGAACACUAUAAAGACACAAAGCCACUAAAAGAGCUGCUGUGUCCAAAAGUAAAGACCGUCCCGAUCGCCUCCCAGCUGUCCUCAUCUCACUUCAGUGCACAUUUCCAUUCAUGCAGCAUUUUUACAGUUUGCUGAAAAGCGUGUUUUUUUCCCUCCCUACCCCCAUGCCUUCUAUGUGAGACCAACUGAAUAAUGAAAGCACUUUGAAAGGUUGCACCUCAGCCUUUCUGGAGCCUUUGGCUAGGCAGGCAGGCAGGCAGGCAGGCAGGCAGGCAAGCAGGCAGACACACUGGGCCUAAACUGAAGGUAAGGGUGUACCCCUACUAUCAUUUUUCAUAAGCCCACAACAUGACAUGCAAUAAUCUCCCAGAUCUAAAGUUGUGGUUUCGGCCGUUAGGCAGCCAGGUAACCCGUUUUAGUGAUUUAUUAUGGUUUGCAAAUAGAAUAUUUUGCAGCCGUGCACCCUGACCAUCCAUCUCUGAGGGUCAGGUGAAGGUGAAUCUGAUGUCCUCUCUCGGCAAAACAUGUUUCUGCUCAACCGCAAAAGAGAGGGUGAUGAGAGGGUUUAUUUAGAGUUCACUUUAUUUUUGAUUUGUUUCACUUUGUGAACAUUUCAUGCAUUUCAAUGGUCCUAUUUAAAGAGAAAGGUCAUCCAUGUCGGCAAUAUGCGCAGCACCACCUUGUCCUUGGCCUGUUUUGAUAUCCUGAAUCUGUUUGUGCUGUGAGGAACUGUUUCUGUUGUCUGCAGUUUUUUGUGAUAUUUUUACAGCAAUAAGCAAAAGAAUGCUGAUGCUCUGUGUAAGCAAGAGAACUUUCCCUCUCCUUUUCUCAGUUUCUCUUUAUUAUGUGGUUCUGUUCUGGUUCUAGGACUUUAUUAUGUGGUUCUGUUCUGGUUCUAGGACGUGUGAUGCUGUAGGGACAUAUAGAGGGCUGUUAUAGCACAGGUACUGUAGAUUUGUGUUUGCUAACAUAUGGGCCACAUGGACUGUCUGAAAAACAACCGCCUGCGUGUGUGUGUGUGUGUGUGUGUGUGUGUGUGUGUGUGUGUGUGUGUGUGUGUGUGUGUUUGUGUGUGUGGGUGUGUGUGUGUGUGUGUUUGAAUGUGUGUGUGUGUGUGUGAUUAUAGCGAUUAGCGUCAUUGGAGGGCUUUGAGCAGUCAGUGCCAUCUAAGAUUCACUCCUUGCAUCUAUUAGCUGAAGAGUGCUGAGACCUGGGCAUAGUUGUUAAAUGUCAGAGGAAAGGCAAACACAUUAAGCUUAAUGCGGUUCAUCUCUGUGUGUAAAUCACCUUUUCUUUUACCUAAUUAGGAUGGACACCACGCUGUAUUAAUCUACUUUUUUUCUUUUUUCUUUCCAAUUGCCAAGUAAAUCCAUUGUUAUUUGAACUCCCCUGGUUUUAUCAAUAGGCUAUGUGAGCAAAUCGGUUUGUUAGGUACGCAUCUGUAUAUACUCAAAAGAAUUUGAACAAUAUAUCGACCAUUGCCUUUUGUGUGUAUGUAUGCACAAAUGUAGAUUGUACAGACAUUAUUUUAAUAACUGUCAAAAAUUUUGAAAUAUCUGUAAGUGCCAAUAUUUGAUAUAUUUUCAAUGAGAGAUCAAUGACUACGACUAUUUGGAGAACUUCAUGGUAAAUUUCCUGUAAUCAAUUUCGAAAGUCUGUUCCCCAUGGAUUUUGCUUAUUGGUGUUGUUUAAUUUUGUCCCCAUUAAGUGUGUGUGUGAGUAUGGAUGUUUGUAUGUACGUGUGUCUGUAUGUGUGUAAUGUGUUGAUCUAUCUUGUCUGUCUUGUUUGUCGAAUAGAUCACAAUGGUUGCUUAGCUAAGCGGCGUUUAAGGCAUCCAGUUGUUCAUUAAUUGAAAGGAGUUCUACACCAAAGAGCUUCACUAUGUAAAUAGUUGUAAUGUAUAUUUACGCUUACAAAUGUAACAUACAAAAAUUCUUCUCACAUAUGAUAUGUAAAUAUAUAUAUGUAGAUAUGUUUAAUAUGCCCUACAGUAAAACAACAAAUCAGAAUUAGUUUUUUUGGAAAUACUCUGUGAGCCCAAGCUCAUUCAUUUCCCCCCAACAACAGUGUGUGUGUGUAUUUCAUUUUCUUCACAGUAAGCCAUGCAAAAUGACAUGUAAAUAAAUGCCACCAGAUAUAACUUAA